GUCGCACCUCCGGCCGGCGCUGCCCGCGGGGAUGGACGCGGCGCACCGCGCAGCGCGCCUGGCCGCCGCCUGCCUGCGCACCCCGCUGGACCCGCGCACUCGGGCGCCCGCCGCGCUCUACGAGCGGGAGCCGCCGCCCGCCGCCGCGCAGGAUGGUUUUGAUUUGGAUUCAAGCACCAACAGAGAGCAGCCCCUGGCUCUAAAUGGAGACUGUGACAAGGAGAUAGACUUUUCCAAACUGCACCAUUCAAACCAAGAGUAUUACUUGAAGCUGGAGGAGCUGAAGAAUGCCCACUUGGAGACCAUGGCCAAACUGGAAAGUCUGUAUCGGAAUAAGCUGUAUUUGAAGAGAGAGCAACCCUUGGGCAAGAAAAGUGCUGCUGCUGGCAUGUGCUGCAGGCCAACUUGGGAGAAGAGCUCGUAUCAGCCCCUGCAUCUGCACAAAUCCUUUUCAGACUCUGACUUGAGCGAUCCCUUAAGCUCAAGUGUAUCCGAUGGGUCCGACAGAGAAUUAGCCUUUGAAGAAAACAGGAGUGAAACUCCAUCAUCUGCAUUUGCCAAGCAACAGAUUGAAAAAAUGUGGGAUGGGUUCUCUGUGGAAGAUUACAUCCCUCGCACCAAACCCAGCUCCCCCAGCUCGCCCGCCUGCAGAACCACACAGAAGAAACAGAAAGCAUGGUCACCCAAAGUGACGGUGCCCAAACCCUUCCAGAUGACUAUCAGAGAAGCCAGGAAAAAAGAGCAGAACAUCAAGUCGAAGUCACUGGUUGAAAUGGAAAACGACUUACUGAAGAAGCAGCUGGAGGAGGAAGCAGAGUGUCAGAAGCAGUUCCGAGCUAACCCGGUGCCCGCUGCUGUCUUCCUGCCUCUUUACCAUGAAAUCGUGCAGCGCAAUGAGGAACGCAGGAGGUCUGUGAAGGAGAGAAGCAAACUCCAGCUCUUGGCUUCUCAGAAGCCGUUUAAAUUCAUUGAGAGAGAGAAGCAAAGGAGUGAGAUGAGGAAAAUGCAGCUGAGAGACCUUUCUGCACCUGAAAAGAAAACAGCACUGUUCAAAGCAAAACCAGUUCCUAGAUGUGUUUAUAGCCCGGCUGUUAAUGACAGGCUGAAGGAGGAGGAGCUCUACAGGGAGAUCAGGAUCAGAAUGCGAGCUGAGGAGUUGCUACGUAAUUCAUCUCUCCCCAACAGCAGGCUGGCUUUAAAAGACACCAGUAAAAAGAAGAAGCCCAAGAGCAGUGAACCAAAGCAAACAGAACAUAAACCCAGGAUCAAAUCAAGUGUUCCGGACUUUGAACUGCUACACCAGAGAUUUCAGCAGCGGCUCCUGCAGCAGAAACAAGUGAAACACCUGACAGUCUGUGAACCUUUUGGUCUUCGUACUCCAUAUAUUCCUUCAAACAAGGGGAAGAUAUUGAAGGACAUUGAAGAAGAUGAAGAAAAGCUGAAAGAAACACGCUGGCCAUAUGUCUCUCCAAGACGCAAACCCCAAAUGAGGCAUUCAAGGGCGAAUUCACAUUUUGGAGGAUCUAAAUCACCAAAAAUCACAGAAUCCACAAGACGGCAGCUACACGCCAUAAGGAGUUCACUUGAGGAAAAGAGAAGGCUGGAAGAACAACAGAAAAGGACCAGAACAAAACAGAAACAAAGGACAAAAAGACUCCAGAAAAUUGUAACCACUCGGGCUGAGGCCAAUGACCCCCAUCAGAGCCUUGCUCAGGUGUCUAAAUCCAAAUUAAGAACAUUCAGGAAUUAUGAGAAGCAGAGAAUGCAGGAGUAUCUGCAAGAGUUACAAGAAAUGGAAGAAAGAGUAAAACAAAGGCCAUUGCUUUUUGAAAGGGUCACUCAGAAAAAUGCCAGAAUAGCUGCAGAAAAGCAUUAUUCUAACAGACUGAGAGCACUGGGGAUAUGCCCAGAGUUUGUUUCCAGGAAAGGACAAACAACUAAAUUGCUACAGUACUCCAGUGCUGAAGAUUUUAAUUACUCCACUGAUGCCAGAGAAAGAGUCAUCAAGGAUAAAGUGAAGGAAAGGGAAUCCUUUGAGGAAGCAGCUGACAGCAGUCCUCGGUCUGAGCAGUCCUGGGAGGAGGAGGAUGAGGAGGAGAACAGAAAAGGUGUCAAAACCCCUGCCCAGGAUGGCCAGUCCAGUGAGCUGGAGGAUGAGGAAGAGGCAAGAGCCAGCCCUUGUGCUCAUGAGCCUUGCCAUGCAGGGGCAGCUGAGUUGAGCCCCACCUCCGACCAGCACCGUGAAGAAGAAGAAGAGGAGAAGAAGGAGGAGAAAGAGGAGGGAGAAGAGGAAGCAGAAGCAAAAGCAGAGGCAGGCCGGUCACUUUGCCAUUCCCAGGAGGAGGAUGAUGAUCAGUCAAGACCCAGCUCUCGGUCUGACCAGCCCCAUGAGCAUGAAGAGGAAGGUCAGUCUGACCCUGAAACUGAGGGUGCUUUCGGAUAUGAGGAUGAGGAGUAUGAAAAUGAUGAUUCAGAAGAGAAACGCAGCGAUGAUGAAGCUGACUGACUGAAGGCAGGCAGAUGGCCUGAGGCUCAGGAACCUAUUUCAUUGCUGGCAGUGAAAUAGACACCAAACAAAAACUUGCUGCUUUUCAACUGAUACAAAAUUCUGUGAAUUUUAACCUUUUAGCUUAACAGUCUUUCCAGUGCAGAAAUUUUGUCUAUUUUCCAGUAGGAAAGAUCCAAUUAUGAAUUUCCACCAAAAAAGAGUUUACUUUUAUAUUAAUUAUAUUUAUUCUAGCCUUGUGUGUCAUCAGUACUCCUCUGUUUAUAAAAUGAACUGCAACCACUGUUUAAUACCAACAUCUUGUAUCCUGCAUUGGUAAGUACUGAGGUCUUCUGUCCAGCUCUUUCUACAUGCUGGCAAAGCCAGGUAAGAUUUUGGAGUAGUCAUUUGCCAUUAUCAGUGUCUCCUGGUUUCAUACAAACAUCUGAGUACUUCUGGGGUCUGUUCCUGCAACAUCUUGUAGGAUGGCAAUGAAUAGACAAGGGUUUGUUGUGUGAGACCUCAGAGUGUUUUUAGCAGAGCAGCUGCUAGGAAGACAACUUGUGCAGUUAGACCAUAUGGCCAAGUGAAUCUGUUCAGUUCCUCUCUCUUCCCCUGGGGUUUGUCUUCUGCCCACUUAAGUGAGCUGAAUUGUGAGAGGAAACAAGGUGCUUCCUGAGCUCGACUACUUUGUCUAACUAAAAUAUUAACAGUAUUGCAGUUGCUCUCCCUAUAGUAGAGAAAAUGCCUUGAAUACACUGAGAGGGGCCACUUAAAACUUCACAGAGAUUUUUGACACUUACAGACAAGUAGAAGAGCGGGCCAGUAGAGUAAGUUACGCUGCAGAUCUUGUAUGUGCUGUGUAUCCAAGCCCCAAAACUGCUCUUUCAACUCCAUUUUACUUUGAAGAGAUCAAAUCAUGAUCUUGUAAAAUCAUUCUUCAUAAAUGCUGACAAUCUUCAAAUGUCUUUAUUGAGGCAGUAAACAUGCACUGUAAAGAGAGAAUCUUAUUAAGUCAGGUAAAAAUGUAGCCCAACAACUCUAGUUGAUGGAAGUAGGUAAAGAAGUGGUUUAGGACCUUUUCCUACACUCCUGCCACUCGGGACUUCAGCUACUUCUUCUGUGCAGAAAACAGAAGGUUUGGGGUUUGGAUUUUACUGUCUUUUAUUUAUUUUCUUCCAUGCUGCAUGCAAGAGCACUUGCUAAAUCCUAUUGUUAUUUCUUCCUCCUGGCUUUGAGAAACUGUGUAACAAUGUUUGGAAGAGUUUUAACAUUACUACUUGUAUUUAUUUUUGAAGUGUGAGCGUAACUAAUAGGAACUUGAAACUUGCUUCUUUACUUAAAUAAACUAGCCAUUUUACAUAUGUCA